CGCAUACUGCUAGAGCAAUAGUGAGUUUCUUACAGCAUUCGAUCACUCUCGUUCUACGCCAUGGAUCACCCGCGCAAAAGUGCCACCGACCAGUCGGUCCAGAACCACCAUGUGGGAGACCCACCUUGCCCAUCUAGAGGCUGUUUCUAGAUUGGCCUUGAAGGCUGGAACAUCCAGGGACACUUGCAGUAUUGGUGUAAGCUUCUGCCUAAGCAUCUAAGCCCUAGGUUGGCCUGGGCCAAUGGAACACCUGCCCUGAACGUUCGAGACUUGUGCCCCACAGUUCGCGUGGAAAUGGGUAUCCGUUUCUGACAUGACACAUGACUGGGCCAUGCAUCGAACGGAGCAGUGGCUUGUAUUGAUUGGGGUGGUGGCCAAUGUUCUCCAUCUUUGCCGGCUCCACCAUGAGGCAUAUAUAGAGCUACACACCCCCAGCCUGCAGCCGUCUGCACCUGCGUUCUCACAUUACACACACAAUCCUUACUGUUCUUUCCAUUCUUUUCUUUGAUUAGACUUGACGUUGAGGUUGACCCUCCGACAUUCAUUCUCAAAUCCACGUUUGCCGGCCACUCAUUAGAGCCAAAUCUGACUACCCUCUUUCUUUCCACGACACUCCUUGUCAGUCCUCAUUCACGAUCCGUGAUGAUGCUCUCUAAAGUCCUUCUUUCGGCGGUCUUUGCAAUGACUGCUUUUGCACUUCCUCAUCACUACCCCAGAGGUAGUCCUACCAGCAUUAUUCCGACCACCACUUCCGUCGCCGCCAGCUCUAGUGCCAGUGCCAGCGCCAGCGCCAGCGCCAGCACCAGUGGAAGUGGCAGCGUCCAGAUCGUGAAUAACCUCGGCAGCACCGUAUACCUCUGGUCCACCUCUGACACCUCCAGUGAAGCGCAGACAAUUUCCUCAGGGGCCACAUAUUCCGAGGCCUGGAAGACCGAGUCUACCGGCGGGAUUUCCAUCAAGAUGGCAACCACCGACAGUGAGACCAGUGUCCUGCAAUUCGAGUACACCGCGGAUGGUGACACCGUGUACUGGGAUCUCUCCUCUAUCAACCUGGACUCCGGCUCGGAGUUCAUCACCGCUGGCUUCUCGGCCACCCCGAAUGAUUCGAGCUGCUCAUCUGCAUCCUGCUCAGCGGGAGACACCGACUGCGCCGAUUCGUAUCAGCAGCCCGAUGAUACCGACACCAACAGUUGCUCUGCUAGCGCAGGCAUCACGGUCACCUUGGGCUAAGGAGAGCACUUGGUGCCUCAUUGGUGGUUGGACUAACCAUUCUUGACCAGAGAAGGCACGGCGAAUUUAGACGGCGAGGCAGGCCUUGCACUUUCACGGCUACGACGGA